GCGCCGCGAGAGACAGUUCUUUCCUACCACGAGUGAACGAUGUACAAAUACGCUACCACGGGUUCAAGGUGGACCUAACUCGCUUCCCUUGUGACAGGGGGGAGAAUAUGAUCUACUGCCGCAAAAUAUCACGUGUCCGCGCAUGACACCUCGGAAAACUUAGUUGAAUCAGGACGAGCAAUUUUACCAUACAGACCAUCAAACGUACCCUGGAUGGCAUCGGAGACUCAGGAGUGCGUAAUUUUCCCAUCAGCACAACCAAUAUUCUGUUCUGGGAACCUGGAUGGAGGAGAGGGGAAGCAUCGGAACAAGCGAAUGUCAUGACUGUACUAUGCGAACACAACAAUUAAUCGAAUGGAUUCUAAUUAAUAUUUAGCGUUAUAAGGAACAUCUAGUGAGAAGACCAUAACUGUCUAAUGGGAAAAAAUCAAGAUAACACACAUUAGUUCAAAGUACGCAGAUUUACUGGUACGGGAUAUAUUGCUACGAAAAAAAAAACAGUGCAAACGAAAAUGUUUUAAUAAACCGAGGACACAGGUGGAUCAGAUAUCAACGGCGCAAUCUGAGGUUUGGGUUAGAAAUAAGAAAUUGAUUAAUACAUCGACAUUGUCCGAUUACCCUUCCUGUAAUUGUUUGCGGCGGGGACGGAAUUCUCUCCAGCUGUUGUAAUAGCCCAACAGCUGAACUGCAUCGUCUCGGCUGCAAAUGCAAACUAUUCGCUCGGCUUCCCCGUUCAAGAGCCCGGCCACUUGAAAUGAGGACCGCAUCCCCAGCCGGUUCUGUCUGAAGCGAACUGGGGCCAUUCCUGCGGUCUAUCCCAGCCUGCAGUAAACGAAGGACGAAAAGUAGAGGAGAGACGCUUCGUUGUUCGUCGCUGUGACCAUGGAGCCUGACACGAACCUGAGUGCGUCUAAAAAGACGGUGAUUGCAAAGAUUUUCAAAGUUCGCAAGAGGAGGGAGAUGCUUUUCGUGCAGGUCUGUUUUAUCUGCAGUGUCCUCUUCAUGGCGUGGUGCAUGUCAGCGCUUCUGACAAAGACAGGACAUGGGAUGACCCUGGAAGAGAGUCCAUGGGCGAGGGGGCAUUGGGGACGGAGGCUAAUGGCCAUGAUGAGUGACAAUGACACAGAGGAGAGGAACUGCACAGAGCCAGCGAUCCGCGAGUUCCCCGAUGAUCUCUUCUCCAACAGAGAGCGCAAACAGGGGGCUGUACUGCUGCACAUAUUUGCGGCUCUCUACAUGUUCCUGGCCCUUGCCAUCGUAUGCGACGACUACUUUGUGACGUCACUGGAGAAGAUCUGCGAGAAACUUGACCUGAGUGAGGACGUCGCUGGGGCUACGUUUAUGGCAGCGGGAAGCUCGGCUCCAGAACUCUUUGCCUCUAUAAUAGGUGUCUUCAUCACCCAUGGCGAUGUGGGAGUGGGCACAAUCGUUGGCUCGGCGGUCUUCAACAUCCUGUGCAUCAUUGGUGUGUGUGGCAUCUUUGCUGGGCAGGUGGUGCUGCUCACGUGGUGGUCAGUCUUCAGGGACUCCUUCUAUUAUACCCUGUCCGUGGUGGCUCUGAUAGCUUUCAUCUACGAUGAGCAGAUCUUGUGGUGGGAGAGCCUGGUGCUGGUGGUGAUGUACGCCGGAUACAUUCUGAUCAUGAAAUUUAAUGUGACCAUGCAGAAUUUCUUCACAGGGAAGGCAAACAAGAACGUUGCCAACGGUAACACCAUGAGCAGCGAGAUGGAGGAUGGUAAUGCUUGUUAUGACAAUAUUUGGGAUGACCCCUCAAUGCCAUUACUGUAUCCAGUGAAGCCCAGUAAGUCUUGCACUCGAGGCUCGGUGGUCAUGGUGGACGAGAUCAUGAGCUCCAGCCCGCCCAAGUUCCGCUUCCCAGAGGCCGGCCUUCGCGUCAUGAUCACCAACCACUUCGGCCCCAAGACCCGCCUCCGCAUGGCCAGUCGCCUCAUCAUCACGGAGCGGCAGAAGCUGGUCCAGGCUGCCAACGGGGUGGACAGCGUGGUGGUGGAUGGCAAGCCUGACAUCGAGAACGGGAAUGUCCCGGAGGACAAAGCGACCGAGGAGGAGGAGGGCGAGGUGUCCUCCCCCUUCAAGUUGCCAGGGGGCAUCAUGAACAAACUGAAGUGGCUCAUCUCCUGGCCUAUUCUGGUACUGCUGUACUUCACCGUGCCCAACUGCGCCAAGCCGCGCUGGGAGAAGUUCUUCAUGCUGGCCUUUCUCCUCUCCACGCUGUGGAUCGCCGUCUUCUCCUACUUGAUGGUGUGGAUGGUGACCAUAAUUGGCUACACUCUGGGAAUCCCGGACGUGAUCAUGGGUAUAACCUUCCUGGCAGCAGGCACCAGCGUUCCGGACUGUAUAGCCAGCCUCAUCGUUGCUCGACAAGGCCUUGGGGACAUGGCUGUUUCCAACACCAUCGGCAGCAAUGUUUUUGACAUCCUGGUUGGGCUGGGCCUGCCAUGGGCAAUACAGACCAUAGCUGUCAGCUGUGGCUCAAAGGUGCAGAUCAACAGCCGGGGGCUGCUGUACUCUGUUAUAUUACUGCUGGGCUCAGUGACUCUCACUGUUCUGGGGAUCCAUUUGAACAAGUGGAAGCUGGACUUCAAGCUGGGCAUGUAUGUGCUGGUGCUGUACGCCAUAUUCCUCUGCUUCUCCAUCAUGAUCGAGUACAACGUCUUCACCUUCGUCAACCUGCCCAUGUGCCAGGAGGAACUGUAGGCUAAGGCUCCGAAUUCGCUCUGCGGGCUGUAACCCAACCCCACCCCUCCCCGACCCUGCUCACUGUCCUCCCAGGCCCACUCUGCUCUCUCAUGCCAGUCCUGUCCCUCACUUUCAGUGUCUCCCCCAUUUAGCUUAUCCCUCGCACCUUCUCUUGGACAGGAAGAGUUUUGUUUGUCCCGCUGGAGCCUAUGGACUUGCAGGACGGGCUCUCCUCCCCCUACCCCCCUACUGAAACUCCACGAUUGAUAUAACUGGACCUUCACCACUUCCUCUUCUUCCGCCCCGGGGGACACAAACUUCUCCAUGGCAGCUCUCUUCUUCCCCGGGAACCCCCUCCCGACAAAGCCAGGCAGAUGAGCUGUCCACCUCAUUGUGGCUGUCUUGUGUGCAUCUCUCCAGCAGAGGGCGCUCUUGCCUCUGCACUCCACUGCUGCCC